AUGCCCGCGGACGGGCGCACCGAGCCCGAGCGGCGCGUCGCCGCGAUCGCCGAGAUCGUCCGCGCCCUGAUCGCGGACACGGGCGCGGGCGCGUCGAAGGAUUCGAAGAGAAAUGGAUUCGGUGUCAACCUGAACGCGUUGAAAAACUCGAUAGCUCGCAAGCACGCGCUGUCGAGAUCGCCGAAACUCACCGAACUCAUCGCGGCGGUGCCGGUUGAGCAUCGUGAGGCGCUGAUGCCGCGCCUGAGGGCGAAACCGGUGCGGACGGCGAGCGGGGUCGCGGUGGUGGCGGUGAUGAGCAAACCGCACCGGUGCCCGCACAUCGCGACGACCGGGAACGUGUGCGUGUACUGCCCGGGUGGACCGGAUUCGGAUUUUGAAUAUUCGACGCAGUCGUACACCGGGUACGAGCCGACGUCGAUGCGAGCGAUUCGUGCGAGGUACGACCCGUACGCGCAGAGCCGAGGACGGGUCGAUCAGUUGCGGAGGUUGGGCCACGCGGUGGAUAAAGUGGAAUUUGUAUUGAUGGGAGGGACGUUCAUGAGCUUGCCGACCGAUUACAGGGAUUAUUUCAUCAGGAAUUUACACGAUUCCCUGAGUGGGGCGUCGAGCUCGUGCGUGGACGAAGCUGUGAGGGCGUCAGAGCAGAGUCGGACCAAGUGCGUGGGCUUGACGAUCGAGACGCGACCGGAUUAUUGUCAGUCCCCGCAUCUGCGUCAGAUGCUCUCUUACGGGUGCACGCGAUUGGAGAUAGGAUUACAGAGCAUAUACGAAGACGUCGCUCGAGACACCAAUCGCGGGCACACCGUGGCGGCGGUGCAAAAGUGUUUCGAGUUGGCGAAAGACGCGGGGUUCAAAGUCAUCGCGCACAUGAUGCCAGACCUCCCGAACGUAGGGAUGGAGCGCGACUUGGAGUCGUUUCGCGAGUUUUUUGAAUCGCCCGAUUUCAGAACGGACGGUUUGAAGCUCUACCCCACGCUCGUUAUCAGAGGCACCGGGUUGUACGAACUCUGGCGCACGGGCAAGUAUAGAAAUUAUCAUCCGGAGCGACUCGUAGAUUUGGUCGCUCGUAUCCUCGCCCUGGUCCCACCGUGGGUUCGAGUGUAUCGAGUGCAGAGAGACAUUCCGAUGCCUCUCGUCACCGCUGGAGUGGAGAAAGGGAACCUGCGCGAGCUCGCCAUGGCGCGCAUGGCCGAUUUGGGACUGCGAUGCAGAGACGUGCGAACGCGCGAGGUCGGUUUGCAGGACAUACACAAUCGCGUCGCUCCAACCCACGUUGAGCUCGUGCGACGAGAUUACGUCGCCAACGGAAGUUGGGAGACGUUCUUGUCCUACGAGGACCCUCGACAGGACAUUCUCGUCGGUCUCCUUCGUCUUCGUAAGUGCGGACGAACCGCCGCCAAGACGUCACCGGUGCUCAAGGGCAAGUGUUCAAUGGUGCGCGAGCUUCACGUCUACGGCACCGCCGUCGCCGUACACUCGCGAGAUAAGGGACGAUUCCAACACCGAGGCUACGGCACUCUUCUCAUGCGCGAGGCUGAGCGCAUCGCUCGCGAGGAGCACGGCUCUGCCAAACUCGCCGUCAUAUCCGGCGUCGGCACUCGACACUACUACCGAAAACUCGGGUACGAGCUCGAGGAAACGUACAUGGUCAAACAAUUAUAG